UCUAUUUCUUAUCUCUUGUAUAAAAUUUGCAUUGAUAUGUAAAUAUGCAAUGGACUAGCAACAUUACUAAAUACAUUCGUGUACGAUAUCCAUAUGUUAAAGCCGUAACCUAUGGACUACCACACAACAGUUCUGCUACUGAUUACCUUUGUGAGUGCAACCAUUAUUCUCAUAUUCAUUCGGAGAUUAUUCAACCAAACCUCAGAAUCAGAAUAUGCAAAGCUUCCACCAGGGCCUCGUCCAUUUCCUAUCAUAGGAAACAUCUUGGAACUUGGCACAAAUCCACACAUAGCACUCACCAAACUCUCAAAGAUUUAUGGAUCUCUUAUGACUUUUAAACUUGGCAGAAUAACCACCUUAGUUAUCUCCUCUCCUCAAGUAGCCAAAGAAGUACUACUUGAAAAUGGCCAAGUCCUUUCUAGCAGAACAAUUCCACAUUCAGUCCAUGCACUUGACCAUCACAUAUACUCUACUGUGUGGCUGCCACCAUCAGCUCAAUGGAGGAACCUUAGGCGAGUUUGUGCAACAAAAAUAUUCUCUCCACAAUUGCUUGACUCCACUCAAAUCCUUCGCCAACAAAAGGUUAAAGAUUUAUUGGAUUUUGUGAAAGAACGAUGCAAGAAAGGUGGGGUUGUGGAUAUUGGAGAGGUUGUCUUUACAACAAUCCUUAAUUCCAUUUCAACCACUUUCUUCUCUAUGGAUUUGUCUGAUUCUACAUCUGAAAAGUCUCAUGAGUUCAUGAACAUUAUUCGAGGCAUAAUGGAAGAAAUUGGAAGGCCUAAUGUUGCAGACUUGUUUCCCAUUCUUCGUCCACUUGACCCUCAACGUGUCCUUGCUAGGACGACCAAUUAUUUUAAGAGGUUGCUUAAGAUUAUCGAUGAAAUUAUUGAAGAAAGAAUGCCUUCAAGAGUUUCAAAAUCCGACCACUCCAAGGUGUGCAAGGAUGUAUUGGAUUCACUUCUUAACGAUAUUGAAGAAACGGGUUCUCUUUUGAGUCGCAAUGAGAUGUUACAUUUAUUUCUGGAUUUACUUGUUGCUGGGGUUGACACAACAUCAAGCACGGUUGAAUGGAUUAUGGCAGAGUUGCUACGCAACCCAGAUAAAUUGGUAAAAGCAAGGAAAGAGUUAUCUAAAGCAAUUGGAAAAGAUGUAACACUUGAAGAAUCACAAAUCUUAAAGUUGCCAUUCUUACAAGCAGUGGUAAAGGAAACUCUUCGCUUGCAUCCACCAGGUCCACUUUUAGUACCCCAUAAGUGUGAUGAAAUGGUAAACAUAUCUGGCUUCAAUGUGCCUAAAAAUGCACAAAUCUUGGUCAAUGUGUGGGCCAUGGGACGAGAUCCAACCAUUUGGGAGAAUCCAACAAUUUUUAUGCCCGAAAGAUUUUUGAAAUGUGAGAUUGAUUUUAAAGGUCACGAUUUUAAGCUCAUACCCUUUGGAGCUGGUAAAAGGAUAUGCCCAGGAUUGCCAUUAGCUCACAGGACAAUGCAUUUAAUAGUAGCAUCCCUUGUACACAACUUUGAAUGGAAGCUAGCUGAUGGGUUAAUUCCAGAACACAUGAACAUGGAGGAGCAAUAUGCGAUAACAUUAAAGAAGGUUCAGCCUCUUCGAGUUCAAGCUACUCCAAUCAAACACGAUUAAUUUUAUAUAAUAUUGUGUUUCAAAUCAUUGCAAGUCCUAUUAUAGUUACUGUCAUUUUGUUUUCCUCAGAAGCAUAACAGAAUUCAAAUAUUUGUCACAUUACUACACUUUGUUAGCACUUAUAUGGACCUUACAACAAAACAUUAUUGUGCUUAUAAAUAUGGGAAAACAUAUAUGAGUUGUUUUCAAAAUAAGUGAUGUAUUGUGACUAUAA